AUGUGUGAUCAGUUCUUAGGAACCUGGAAACUUGUCUCCAGUGAAAAAUUUGAAGAUUAUAUGAAAGAAUUAGGAGUGGGCUUUGCCAUGAGGAAACUGGGCAGCCUGGCAAAGCCUACUGUGAUCAUCAGCGCUGAUGAGGAUAGGCUAACAAUCAAAACAGAGAGCCCUGUUAAAAAUACAGAGAUCUCCUUCAAGCUGGGCCAAGAAUUUGAGGAAACCACAACAGAUAACAGGAAAACUAAAAGUGUUGUUACCUUGGACAAUGGCUCAAUGAUUCAUGUGCAGAAAUGGGAUGACAAAGAAACCACAAUAAAGAGAGAGGUGGUGGAUGGGAAGAUGGUUGUGGAAUGUACCAUGAAGUAUGCCAUCUGCACUAGAGUCUAUGAGAGAGCAUGA